AUGCAGAGCAAAUACUUCUUCGUCAACGUCGACAAGAACGAGGAGAUCGCUAUAGGUUUCGACGGCGCGUUCCUAACCAACCUCCUUGACUCCGUUUCCGACGACACUAAUUUCGAUACCCUAGGAGCCUCUUGCCUCAAUCUUAUCAACGACGCAAAUGGCAAGGCCGCCACUUACGGCUACUUCACUUCGUCGGAGAACGAGAAAGAUAUCACCGAGCAGCAUGAGGGUUCUUGGACUAGAAGCUGUUUUCGCUCAUUGACGAGGAAGGUGGUUCACGGAGCAGCAGAGAUAUAUGGAGGAUUAGUGGACCGUGGUUUCAGAAGUCGCAUGGCCUUCUUGCAAAUCACUCCACCAUUAGCAUGA